AUGGAAAAGGUUAUUAUCGACGAUGUUCCCCAAAUUACCCGCUUCAGCUUCCGAGACAGCAGUCUGCCCCUGAAUCCCCCCGGGAUGCCUCCUCCUUCCCCACCCGCUCCUGCCCCGACCCCUCUGCCUCCUUCCCGCCCUCCACCUCAACCCUUGCAGCACACGCAGCAGCUUCCGCAAACAGCUCCAGGCACCGAGGCGACGGAUUUCCCCAGCGCAGCAAUUCAGGAACUUGUCCCCCUGCCCCAGCUCCUCUGCCCCAUGGACGGACAGAGAGAUGGACACUGCCGGGCCUUGUCACUGGAGGGUGACUCCUGGGGCUGGGCUGCCCCCGGGUCGCAGCAGGAUGCUGGGGGGCUGCGGGGCCAGGCAGGCUCCCCCCAGCUUGCCAGAGGCAGUGGGACCCCAUGGCAGCCGGCCGUGGGGCGAGGGGCAGCCACGCUCAACCUGUGCCGCCGGGGGCCCGGAGACCACUCCUCCCCGCCUCGCCUGCCAGGUCCGGGCUUCGCUGGGGGGACACGGUGA